CAUGCAUUCAGCAGCCCUCUAACAAGGAGGGCAGGGAUUCAUCCUAUGUUUGCCUUUCAGUGGCAGAUGCUAAAUGCCUCAUGGGCAAGUUACUGGCCUCUCCCAGGCUCUGCUUCCUCAUCUUGGAAGUAUUAAAGCAGCCCAAUACUCGUGUGGUUGAAUGAACGCAUGCUUUGGGGGAUGGAAGGGAGGGGAUCAUCCUGGUGGCCAGGGACGAGUGGGCUUUGAGGGUUCCAGAGUGGGGAUCAGGCUGGAGCUUGGUGUUGCAAAGGUGUCAGCUGCCAGAACCGCUCCCUGCAGCUGUUCUCAGGAGACUAUUGUCACCUGGGGCACUGAAUGGCGACAGCAGGUGAGGCAGCUUUGUCUUGAGAGGGCUGGGUUCGUGCAGCUCAAAGUGCCCUCAUCCGGGAAACGGCGCCUUUGUCAGAGGGGGCAAAAGGGGAGUUGGGCGUGGGUGUUCCCAAGAAGCAGGUUCUGAGAGGCUGUAAUCUCCAGUGGAGUGCAGGAAUCUGUGAAUGCACUUUGUGGGGGUCGGGCUGGUUAGGAUCGCAAGUAAGGGGCUCUUAACAGGGAGCACUCUCAAUGGUUAAUCACUGGAGCUGGGCGCAGUGGCUCAUGCCUGUAAUCCCAGCACUUUGGGCGGCCCAGGCGGGUGGAUCACUUGAGGUCAAGAGUUUGAGACCAGCUUGGUCAACAUGGUGAAACCCUGUCUCUACUAAAAAUACGAAAAUUAGCUGGGUGUGGUGGCACGCGCCUGUAACCCCAGCUACUCGGGAGGCUGAGGCAGGAGAAUCGCUUGAACCCGGGAGGUGGAGGCUGCAGUGAGCCGAGAUCACACCACUGCACUCCAGCCUGAGCGACAGAGAGAGACUUGCCUCCAAAAAAACAAAAACAAAAUCACUGGGUCAGGGGUGUGUAGGAAUAUGACCCCAGAGGGACUGUAAUUCCCAGUGGUGUCAAACUCUGGGUGAUCUUAAAGAGUGAGGCUCAGAAUGUGCCUUCCAGGGACGGGGUGUCUAAGUACGUCCCUGAUGGGCGAAAGGCCAGAACAGGGUCUGCAGAGCGAGAGUGGGGGAGUGCGGGUCGGAGCUUCUGCGCGGACCGGGGCGGGGCAGCUCUGGAGGGCAGCGGCCUCUGGUCUCUGGGAGGGGAGGGAAUUGACCAAUGGGGAGAGCGCCCAUAUUUGCUCUCAGGAGCCUGCAAAUUCCUCAGGGCUCAGAUAUCCGCCCCUGACACCAUUCCUCCCUUCCCCCCUCCACCGGCCCCUGGCAUAAAAGGCACCAGGUGAGGGCCUCGCUGCUCCUCCCGCGAAUCGCAGCCUCUGAGACCAGGGUGGCUCCGUCCGUGCUCCGCCUCGCCAUGACUUCCUACAGCUAUCGCCAGUCGUCGGCCAUGUCGUCCUUCGGAGGCCUGGGCGGCGGCUCCGCGCGUUUUGGGCCGGGGGUCGCCUUUCGCGCGCCCAGCAUACACGGGGGCUCCGGCGGCCGCGGCGUGUCCGUGUCCUCCGCCCGCUUCGUGUCCUCGUCCUCCUCGGGGGGCUACGGCGGCGGCUACGGCGGCGUCCUGACCGCGUCCGACGGGCUGCUGGCGGGCAACGAGAAGCUCACCAUGCAGAACCUCAACGACCGCCUGGCCUCCUACCUGGACAAGGUGCGCGCCCUGGAGGCGGCCAACGGCGAGCUGGAGGUGAAGAUCCGCGACUGGUACCAGAAGCAGGGGCCCGGGCCCUCCCGCGACUACAGCCACUACUACACGACCAUCCAGGACCUGCGGGACAAGAUUCUUGGUGCCACCAUUGAGAACUCCAGGAUUGUCCUGCAGAUCGACAAUGCCCGUCUGGCUGCAGAUGACUUCCGAACCAAGUUUGAGACGGAGCAGGCUCUGCGCAUGAGCGUGGAGGCCGACAUCAACGGCCUGCGCAGGGUGCUGGAUGAGCUGACCCUGGCCAGGACCGAUCUGGAGAUGCAGAUCGAAGGCCUGAAGGAAGAGCUGGCCUACCUGAAGAAGAACCAUGAGGAGGAAAUCAGUACGCUGAGGGGCCAAGUGGGAGGCCAGGUCAGUGUGGAGGUGGAUUCGGCUCCAGGCACCGAUCUCGCCAAGAUCCUGAGUGACAUGCGAAGCCAAUAUGAGGUCAUGGCCGAGCAGAACCGGAAGGAUGCUGAAGCCUGGUUCACCAGCCGGACUGAAGAAUUGAACCGGGAGGUCGCUGGCCACACGGAGCAGCUCCAGAUGAGCAGGUCAGAGGUUACUGACCUGCGGCGCACCCUUCAGGGUCUUGAGAUUGAGUUGCAGUCACAGCUGAGCAUGAAAGCUGCCUUGGAAGACACACUGGCAGAAACAGAGGCGCGCUUUGGAGCCCAGCUGGCGCAUAUCCAGGCGCUGAUCAGUGGUAUUGAAGCCCAGCUGGGCGAUGUGCGAGCUGAUAGUGAGCGACAGAAUCAGGAGUACCAGCGGCUCAUGGACAUCAAGUCGCGGCUGGAGCAGGAGAUUGCCACCUACCGCAGCCUGCUCGAGGGCCAGGAAGAUCACUACAACAACCUGUCUGCCUCCAAGGUCCUCUGAGGCAGCAGGCUCUGGGGCUUCUGCUGUCCUUUGGAGGGUGUCUCCUGGGUAGGGGGAUGGGAAGGAAGGGACCCUUACCCCCGGCUCUUCUCCUGAGCUGCCAAUAAAAUUUUAUGGUCCAAGGGA